AUGCCGGUGGAGUUUGAGAUGGAGAUCAAUGUUCAAACCAGCACCAGGGGGGGUUAUCGAACUUUCAUUGAGAGACUGUGUGUUCGAUUGGGAGAGAGAUUUUCCCACAAUCGUCCUGCACUUGCUAUUCAAGAGGAACCACCCACUCGAUUCUUCGAUUUGGUAAUACGAACCAACGAUCACUCUGUGAGGUUCAGGUUUCGAAUGGAUAACCUGUACUUGAUUGGCUACCAGGUGGAGAGCGGACAGUGGUUAGAGCUUAACAACAGUACCGGUGUGCAUCUAAUUCAAGAACAAGGAACCACCUUCCUAGGCUUCGAUGGUAACUACAAUAGGUUAGCAAAUGUUGCUCGCCUGAAUAUGGAGCAAAUAACAGUUGGCUUCUACAACCUAGGGUACGGUAUAAAUCAGCUUGCUAUAUCGACAGCUUGGGAGAUUAGGGCAUGUUAUCUGAUUGUUGUGAUUAUGAUGAUCUGCGAAUCAACCAGACUAAUUCCUAUAUUCGACUAUAUGGCUACCAAUUUUGACAACUCGCGUGGCACCAGCUCUUAUGAUUACAAUGCCGAAAAUCGUAACCGAGAAGGUCAAAUCCAACCUUGGAUUACUGUCUUAGUUCGUGCUUGGGACCCCUUCUCAGGAGCUUUGUUUCGUGCUGAUGCCUACCCAGAUGAAUCGUUUCGACUUCAAAGAAAUGUUGUGCAGCUUCCACCAGAUAACAGGGAAAUAAGAACUAUUGCCCAAGCUGCAGAAAUACUUGGCAUCUUGUUGGGACUUUGCUUCAGGCCCAGUGGACCAGGAAGGUUCCCACGCAUGACCUCUGAUGAAGGACAAUGCUUUUUGGGGCUACCACUUGUGGAAAUGUUCUCAGUGCGCAUUGAUAACAUAGAUGAAGAGGAUCCCAGGCAACUCUAUGGCACAAUCACUGUCAACGAUGGAUUAAAUAUAGAGUACAUCUACAAUCGCACAAGCAGCAACCCAGAAUCCAUCAAGCCAGGUCAAAAUGCUUCGCAAACUGGACCAUCUCAAUCCAUUCUUGCCAUCGGGAACUUUACCAUCAAAUUGCUUCUCACUGAUAAAGACACAUGGUCUUGGGACGAUGAAAUCAUCAAUAAAUACAUCUCAUGGGAUGCUUCUGAGAUCGGCAAUGUGUACGACAAACCCAUAUUUCAAAAAUUAGAUGGCAAUAAUGGUUCUGUGACAGUCAAUUAUGCAGUGCUGAGAAAUGCUGUGGCUGCUAGAAUAACCGUUACUCUGGAAGGAGGAGGAGAAAGUACAGCCAAUGUUUAUGGAAAAGUUGAUGCUCAUUAUGACGAUUGGAAGGAUCCUAAUACGACGUGUUUGCUGUUCAACAGAUCAUCUGAUGACUACGUUGAUGUAAGGCGUUGGCAAUACAUUCCAUUGUUAAGAUCUGUUGUUGCAGUGCCACUGAACGGUUCUCUAAUAGUUACGGCAAGUUUGUAUGAUUACGAUACAUUGUCUGGUGACGAUGAGAUUGCAAAAGGCGCUGUAGAGUUCCCAGCAGAAAUGUCAGUACCACGACGGCGUCAACCUGACGGAGUGGGUGGAUCUGCUUUUCCUCUUCAUUAUAGAAACUCGCCUAAGUCAGUGGAUUUGCAUCGCGGUGGAUCUGCUCCACCUCUUCAUUACAGCAGCACCGCCUCUUCAUUACAGUAG